AUGGGAGAACGCCGGUGGAAACGAUUGUUGCGCGAGGGUUUCGCGCUUUGGUUCCUGUCCAGGCCGUAUCUCCGACAGUUUCACGUCCUGGUGGCUGGUUCUAGUUAUGGUUCACAGCGGCGCUUCGCAGCUACAAUUGCUUCUGUAUAUGCCAAUGUAAAUUUUGUUCUGAUCCUCAAUGGAACAAAUUUUAAGGACUGGAACGAGAACAUUGAAAUUAUUCUUGGUUGCAUGAAUUUGGAUCUUGCGUUAAGGACUAAGCAACCCCUUACUCCUACGACGUCUAGUACUCUUGAAGACGGGAGGGAUUAUGAGAAGUGUGAUCGCUCAAACCGCAUGAGCAUAAUGAUCAUUAAGCGCGACAUCCUGGAGGUGUUUAGGGGCAUUGUUUCUGAAAACAUAACAACUGCCAAAGAAUUCCUUGCUGGGAUUGAGAAGCGCUUUGCAAAAAGCGAUAAGGCGGAGGCAAGCACUCUUCUUCAGAAUUUGAUCUCCAUGAAAUAUCAAGGCAAAGGAAAUAUCAGGGAAUACAUUAUGAGCAUGCCUAACAUUGUUUUCAAACUCAAGGCACUAAAGUUUGAACUCUCAGAAGACUUACUCAUUCAUUUGGUGCUGAUUUCUCUUCCCGCACAGUUUAAUCAGUUUAAAGUAUCUUAUAAUUGUCAAAAGGAUAAAUGGUCUCUUAAUGAGCUCAUUUCAUACUAUGUGCGAGAAGAGGAAAGACUAAAGCAAGACAAGACAGAAAGUGCUCAUUUUGUAAGCACUUCAAAGGCUAAAGGCAAAUGA